CAUCUUCUUUCCAUCACAACAACAAAAAUGCUUUGCUUCCCUUCAUCUUGUUUCCUGUCUUUGCAAUCUACCUCAACUUUCUCAAACAAAGUAUUAAAACCUCCUCAACAAAUGUCAACACCAUCAAUCAAAUUCAAAGCAGCAGCCUCCUCCUCCUCCUCCUCCUCCUCCUCUGACACUCUUCCUCAAGUCGAUUACAAUUCCAUGGCCUCCUCCGUUUUCCCAGCAGAAGCAUGUGAAACAGUGGGGGGUGUUGCUUGUGAUGUGGAAAUGUUCCCUGAGACCAAGCUCAGAGAAGAAGCAGAACCCAAGGCCAAGGUUACUACUUCACAAGCGGUUGAUAGAGAGUAUGUGGAGUACAACAAUCCCAAGACGGUGUUUAUUGCAGAGGCCUGCGAUGAUCUUGGAGGAGAAUUCUGCGAUGCAGCCUAUCAGACUGAACCUAAUUAAUUACUCCAUAUAUAUAUAUAUAUGUAUAUAUAUAUAUAUGUUAUGCUACUCUCUUGUAAAUUAUACAUCAACUGUACUACUAUUAUUAGCUAGUAUUUGUGAUCUAAAAAAUCGUGUUCUAUUUUUUUGUUAUUGGAAUGAAUUGAUGGAUUUCU